AUCAAUCGAACCAUUUGAACCAUUGGAUCCGUGCGCAGAUUUCAAAUGUGGCGUUGAAAUCUGUUUUGUAUCUUUGGUUCUGUAGUUCUUUUAAUUAUGAGUAAUUUCGCUUCCUCUGCAUUUUCUUGUGCUUUUAAAAGCUGGAAGACACAUGGACGUGGAUUGUUAAUUGUUGCCCGCUAUGGAAAUAAUGCGUGGAAUACGUACGAAAAUCUAACACUCUCACGGGUUUCAGACGUUGAUGUUCACGAAGAUUGCAACAUUUCGGGGCAUUGCAAAACGGCCGAAUGCCGCAAAAGUAGUAAAAGUCAAAACCCAGGGGGACCUUCAGAAGGUAGUGGUUCCCUCAACUCCGCCAAUGUGAACCAUCAUAGUAUCGGUUCUAAGGAACGUCUUGGUGGUGCUGGAGGAGGAGGCUCUGGAAAUGGCACUGGCUCUUUCAUAAGAUGUAACAAAUGUGGUGGUCCUUUAAAAUCUCUUGAUCCAAAAGCAUCAUAUAUAUCACGUUUCAUGGAGUGUGAAGCAUGUGAACAACUCUACGAAUUAACAGAUAAGAGUGAUCUCUCAUCAUUUAGUAAUGUAGACGAAAGCCGACAUCUUUCGCUCGUUAGUCCUAAGGAGAUACAUCAAUACUUAGAUCGUUAUGUGGUAGGUCAAGAUAAAGCCAAAAAAAUUCUUGCCGUCCAAGUAUAUGCUCAUUACAAUCGUAUACAGUAUAAUCGGUCACUGGCUACCUCGGAAGAUAAUGGAUUUAAUUCAAAUAAUUUAAACUCAGGGACAAAUGAAGCCAAACCUACUGUAAAUAAUCAUUAUUCCCCAAAUGAAUUUUCGGGUACACGUUCUUGUACACCUGUAAAUUAUCAGAGCAGUUUAAGUCAACCCUCUGUAUCUGAAUUAUUUAAUUUGUCACGCAAUGGUUCACUAAGUUCAUCGAAAAAUCCAUUUACACAUGGAGAUAGUCCAACAAGUUCAUUUCCGUUUCCAAUUACUUUAGAAAAUUUAUCUGAUAUGAAGGAUGAUCGAGAAAAACGUCGUGCCUCACGGAUUCUUAAAGAUGAUGUUGAUCGUCCAUUAAAAUUGGAAAAAAGCAACAUUAUAUUGUUAGGCUCAACAGGUUCAGGCAAAACACUGUUGGCCCAAACUUUGGCUAAUUAUUUAAAUGUACCUUUCGCUCUUUAUGACUGUACAAGUAUAACCCAAGCUGGUUAUGUUGGUGAAGAUGUUGAAUCAACUAUUGGUAGAUUAUUACAAAAUGCGAAUUUCAAUGUGGAACUUGCUCAACAAGGUAUAGUGGUUCUAGAUGAAAUAGACAAAAUAAGCUCUAAAACUGGGCAUCAUCAUGCUGCACGAGAUGUCAGUGGUGAAGGUGUUCAACAGGCUAUGUUAAAACUGUUAGAAGGUUCACUUGUUAACGUACCUGAUGUCAAAAGUCCGCGUAAAUUACGUGGUGAAACUUUCUUAGUGGAUACAACCAACAUACUUUUUAUAGCCUGUGGUGCAUUUAAUGGACUUGACAAGAUAAUUAGUCGACGAAAACAUAAAAAGACUAUUGGAUUUGAUAUGUUGACAUCUUUGAAUGAAUCGACUACACAAGAUAAUUGCACUUCAUCAGUCAAUCCAAAUACGACAGAUUUUGUAAAUUUAUUUCAAAGUUUUGAAAGUUCAGCUCAUGAAGAAAAUGCUGAACGUGAUAAAUUGUUACAAGAAGUUGAAGCUAAUGAUCUUAUUACUUAUGGGAUGAUACCGGAAUUCGUUGGUCGUUUCCCUAUAAUUACUGCUCUACAUUCAUUAAAUGAAGAAAUGCUUGUCCGUGUUCUUACAGAACCACGUAAUGCACUGAUAAAACAAUAUCAAUUACUUUUUAAUAUUGAUGGUUGUGAACUGAGAGUCACUCCUGAUGCUCUAAAAGCUAUUGCUCGACUGGCAUUAAGUCAACAUACAGGAGCUCGAGGUCUUCGUUCAGUCUUGGAAAAUCUACUCUUGCAGCCACGUUACGAUGUUCCAGGAUCGGAUAUAUCAACUGUAGUUCUUACUGAGGGUGCUGUACUUGGUCAUUCCCCACCAGAAUAUCAUAGAGUUGUAUCUCCUUUUUCGUCAGUCGUUUCAUGAUCUGUUUCGUCAUCCCACUCUUAUAAUAAUAAUAGCUAUUGUUUAUGGAUGUGUAUUCCAAAGCACAUAUACCACAGACACAAAUAUCUAUUCUUUUAUUCAGAUUUUGUUAUGAGUAAAAUACCGUUAUUAUUAUUAUUAUCUCCUGUCUAAACAGUCAGUGAUUGACGAUCGUAAUGAUGAUCAGCUUGGAUUAUAGGAGGAUGAUUUGUAUGAUUGACAGAAGAUAAUUCAGUUCAGUUAUGUUUACUUUUAUUUAUUGUGCUCAGAUUUAUUUUUUAUCCUUCUUGGUGUUUUUUUGUCUAUGCUGGCUAAUUUCUCACGUGAACACAUUUCAAUAAAUACAUUAGUAUAUUCUAUAUUCUCAAUUUAUUUAUUUCACUCUAGUUAAAUUAAUUCUGUACAUUUCAAGAAGUUUAUGUCGGCAACCAUUACUUAUUAAUAGUGUUCAGUUUUUUUUUUUUUGCAUUCUAAUGUACACAUAUGUUUGGAUUUGUGCCUAUUAUUCAAAGCAAUAUUAGUUUUUGUUGGUCUAUUUCAAAUCAUUUCUAACACCAUGUCUAUUUGUGAUGUUACUGUCUUUUUCUACGAUAGUUAUUGAUCUAUUUCAUGAUGAAAGCUAAUACAAUACAAUCCAUUGAAAUAAGGAGGAUGUAAAAAAAAGUAUGAAUUCAGUACUUAAUAGACAAAUUGUUUGUUCCAAUUUAUUGUUAUCAUUAUUAUUUCAAUUUGAUCCCAUUUAUCUUGUUAUCCCAUGAAAAAUUAUUUAUAUCUAGUAAAAUACAUUUGUUAGAUGGUUAUUGUUGUUGUCUUCGUUAUAACUUUUGUCUUGUUCAACCUCGGUCGUUGUUGCAUUAUAAACAAUAUUGAAGAGUUUUCUUUUGUUUACUAGGGUUUGAUAUUGUUUUACUUAAAAUGUUAACAUUUGAGUUUUCUAUAGUUCGCUGGGAUUUAGAUAUACAUCUUUAUACGCUAAACUUGAUUGGUAACAUUUUGAGAGACUAUAAUCUGUUCUGCAUGAGAUAUCAUAGUUUAUAGAGCUUUUUUUAUUGUGUAAUUCUGUACAUAAUCGAUGAUUCGUUUUAUUGAAGUUUCGGUACUAAGUAUUCAAGAUUGCUCGAGGUAAUAGUUUAAUAAACUCUUCUGAUCGGAAGAUUUAUUACAUCUAAAGACCAUUACUUUUAAAUUAAACAAGUCUUUGUCUUU